GUUUCUAGUCACUUAUCUUCUUAAGUUUAUUGCAGUGAGACCAGGUGACUACAACAAAGUAACCAUGAAUAAAAUUUUAGGCAUAAACUUUUUAUUGGCUUUCGUCGUGAUACAGCUGAUCGCUAACAGCCCAGCUAUUCCUGUGCAAACCAAGGAAGAAAUCAACAUAGGAGACAAUGGUCACCCCGACAGUAGUAGACUCGAUUUAAACGCACGCCAUAAAGUGUUGUUGGAAUUUGAAAAGCCAUUUGCGCAAUUCUCACGUGAGGCAAUUAAAGUGAUUUUAGCUGACUUGCAAGCUGAGCCAGAGCAAAGUGUUACAAAUAACAACAAAUUCACGGCUUUAAAGAACGCUUUGAAUAAAAUUGAAAAUAUAAAUUUAAUCAAUGAACCGUUAGACGCACAUGAAGUACGCUUCGUGACCAACACAAUCGGCGAAUUAAUUUCUCAAGCGAAUAUUAAAUUAGUGAGCGCUGUAGAGAAGCAGAAAAAGCUGGCAUUUGAGUUGCAAAGAUUUAACUUUUUCUUUGGUGAGGCCUUUGAUGAUUUCAUUACAACACUGACAGCCCAGGAGCGGGAGUUGGACGCUGGGUUGGUGAAUUUGCACCAGCAAUACAACGAAAGUGACAAGGAUGAAAAGUGGCAAAUCUGGAUUAAGCUAUGGAAUUAUUUUGAGUUGUAAAACUUCCAUAAGUAGAAGUGAGUUUGGUAGUUUUUAAGAUCAAUAUAUAUAAAUUUUAAUUCAAAAUAAAAGAUGAUUUAUUUUCCCUCAUAAA